AUGGAGCUGGGCCAUGCUGUUUAUCGUCUUUUGAUGUUGUUUACUAUUUUGAUCUGGAGUGCUCGUAUCGCAGAAGCCUACUGGUGCUGGAACCCGUACAUUCAGAAUUGGACAAGAUGUAACUGUAAUUUCCACGCUGACCGUUGCUUCUUCGAUGAAGAUCUUUUCAACCGAACAGGCUCCGGUGGUCACUGCAUGGAAUGCCGUGACGACACCUCUGGUGUUAGUUGUGAGCGUUGCCGUGACAACUACUUCAGGACAUCUUCAGAUGCCCGAUGCCAGCCUUGUAACUGUGACCAAACAGGAUCAUUGAACCAGCAGUGUGAUAGUGCAGGACGUUGCCAGUGCAAGGUGGGAGUAGGAGGAGAUAAGUGUAACCAGUGCCUCCCUAACUACUAUGACUUUAGUGAAGGUGGAUGCAGGAGUUGUGAAUGUGUACGUGCAGGAAGUCUGGACAACAAUCCAGACUGCAACCAAGGUACGGGUCUCUGCAACUGUAAACUUCAUGUUGAAGGAAGGGACUGUGAGACCUGCAAACCUGGUUUCUUCAACCUGCAAGAGUCUGAUGAGUUUGGAUGUCUCCCUUGUUUCUGUCAUGGGCAUUCAGCAUCCUGCUCCUCCGCUCCCGGGUACGAGAUUGCCUACAUAGAAUCAAACUUCAAUACAGGUCUUGAUGGAUGGAGGGCUGAGAGGCGCGGUGGGGGAGAGGAGCUGCUUGUUUAUAAUGCUAUCAGGCAGGACAUUGGUAUCGCGACUGUAGACAACCAACCUAUGUAUUUCGUCGCCCCAGAGGAGUACCUUGGUAACAAACUCUUUAGCUAUGGCCAAGACCUGAGCUUCAAGCUUCGCCUUGGUAGUGAUGAUGUAGGUCUCAGCGUGGAAGAUCUUGUGCUUGAAGGAAAUGGUAGGCAGAUCUCUGCUCCGCUGGUUGCCCAGGGCAAUCCACAACCAGGAGUCUACCCGCAAAAAUAUACCUUCAAAUUGCGAGCCGAGGAGGACAUGGGUUGGGUUCAGCGGCCUUCAGCCUUUGAGUUUCAGAGUCUCCUUUCCAACCUGACUGCCAUCAAGAUCCGAGCAACCUACAGCGAUAGAGGUCAAGGGCUGCUUGAUGACGUCCGUCUAGUCAGUGCCCGGCGGUCAGUCGGUCCUCAAGGCAGCAGGUCUUCGUUUGUAGAGCUGUGUAGCUGCCCGACAGGAUACGUUGGUCAGUUCUGUGAGUCCUGUGCUGCUGGUUACCGCAGGGACCCCUACGGAAAUGGACCCUUCACCCGAUGCAUCCCAUGCGAGUGCAAUGGCCAUGCUGACUACUGUGAUGUGGAUACUGGUGAAUGUAUCUGCAAUCACAAUACGAAGGGACUGAGCUGUGAGCUUUGUCAGGAUGGUUACUAUGGUAAUGCCCUGGAGGGCACGCCCUAUGACUGCCAGCCAUGCCCUUGCCCUGGUGGAACCAACUGCUUUGUAGAUAACCUGGGUGAGGUCGUCUGUACCGAGUGCCCUGACGGCUACGUUGGAAACCGUUGCGAUUACUGUUCUGAUGGAUUUUACGGUGACCCAACUGGAAUCCAGGGAGAACGGACAGCCUGCGGACAGUGCUACUGUAACUACAACAUCGACCCUAACGCUGUCGGCAACUGUGACAGGUUCACCGGAGAAUGUCUCAAGUGUGUCUUCAACACAGGAGGAUUCUAUUGUGAGAAUUGUUUACCUGGUUUCUAUGGAAACGCACUCAGUACUCCCAAGGGGGAACAGUGUCAACCCUGUGACUGCUAUGUCGGCGGCUCAACCAGCAAUGAAUGCGAGCAGACCAGUGGCCAGUGUAGCUGUCUGCCGUACGUGAGCGGCCGUGACUGCAGCGAAUGCUACCCCGGCUACUGGAACAUCGACAGUGGGCGUGGCUGUGAGCCGUGCUACUGCGAGAGCACCGGGUCGACGUCCGACCAGUGCGACAUCCGCACCGGUCAGUGUCCCUGCAAGCCAGGAGUGACCGGUCAGCGAUGUGACGAGUGCCAGUAUGACCACUAUGACUACGCGGUGACAGGAUGUACUCCAUGCGAAUGCAACCCACAAGGCUCCCUGUUCUCCAAUUGCACAGACGAGGGUGUGUGCGAAUGCCGACCAGGCGUUAUCGGGGACAAGUGUGAUUCGUGUGAGGAAAACUUCUACAACAUUGCCCUGGGCUGUAUACCUUGCCCCGAGUGCUACAAUUUGGUGAGGGAUAACGUGAACGUGCAUCGCCUCAACCUUGACGCACUCAGGGACAAGAUCAACCAGAUUUCCAGCAACCCCACCGUCAUCAACGAUACCGACUUUGAGAGGCGACUGAGGGAGCUCGAAGGUCUCCUAAAUCAGACUAUUGAUGAUGCUCAGAGAGCCACAGCUGAGGACCGUACCUUAGCUGAUAAUCUGAACGCCAUUAAGGAUGAUCUGGGAGAUCUCAGAGAUGCCUUAGCUCGCAUCAGGGCCAAGAUCAACGAGGCAGAUGGAGUAACCCAGGAUGCCAAACAAGAUGUUGCGGAGGCUAUGGCCAUCAUAGAACGUCUGAAGAGGAUGUUGCCUGAUGCCCAAGACUACCUUGAUAACGAGGGGUGGGCCCUGCUGGACAGACUCAGGGGACUUACUGCCAACAUGUCGGCUCAGGAUAGGCUCAUGCAGGAAAUGGCAAGAGAGGCUACACAACUAGCUGACAACCACACUCGUAUGGCUUUGAUGGUUGAGGAGACCUCUCGGGAAGCUCUUGAGAUUGCCUACCAGGCCUUGGAGGCUGCGAGAAACAGCGGGACUGGUGGAGACCUGGAGGCGCAGGUGGAAUCGGUGGAACGCAACUAUGUUGAUGCCCAAGAACUGUUCAACCAAGCUUCCCAAGCUGCCGAUGAAUGCUUUGACAGGGCACAACGUGCUGCUGAAGAAGCGCUUCGUUUACUCACCAAGGCGAACAUGCCCCUCUCACCACUCGAUGUCAAUUCCCUCCUCGAGGCUGCUAAUGAUCACAGCUAUAGAGCAGCGGGACUGGUCGGUGAAGCUAACGAUCUGAGGAGAGAGAAUAUCCAGCUCCUGGGCCAGAUUGCAGAUGAUGCACGUAGAGCUGCAGAACUACUUCAGCAAGCUGAGGAUGCAGAAAAAGGCAUUGCCCGUCUGCUUGCGCAGGCCGAUGCUGCUCGAGCCAUCGCCAAUGAAGCGAGGAUGAGUGCAGAGCAAACUCUACAAGAAGCCAAAGAAAUCCUCAAGACAUUGCAAGGAUUCAACGAGCAGAUUGAACAAAGCAAACAAGAGGCUGAUGAUGCCAAGCUGAGGAUCCCCGAUAUCGAGGCCAUGAUCGACCGUGCUAACAUGACGGCCCACAAUGCAUCUGACGCCAUUAGUAACGCAGAGGGCGAUGCCAUGGCGGCUAGGAACUUUGCCAGGAUGGCCGAAGGAAAUGCCACUGCAGCUUCAGAGGCUGCGAGAGCAGUCAAGACAGAUGCUGAAGCCACCAAGCUGGAGGCUCAGGAACAGAAGGACCGUGCUGAUGACCUGAUCGACGAUGCCACUGAACUCAUGAUGAAACUCAAUGCCGCUGAAACCCAGGCAAACGAGGAUGGUGAUAUGGCAGAUCUGGCUCAGGAGAAAGCAAAUGCUGCAAAACAGGUAGCGGGUGCCGCAGUACAGGCUGCACAAGACGCUCUAGAUCAGCUCCAGAUGAUAAAAUCAGAGCUUGAUGGGGCGGGUUCCAUAGAUCUUGAGAGACUUCAAGAACUGGAGGACGAUUACCUCAACAUCAACGCCACCAUCCUCCUAGACUUCAGGCUAGACGAUACCAUGAAUGAACUAAGAGGUUACGCUGCUCAACAACAAGGCUGGAUCUCAGCGUAUCAAUUCGAUCUUAGUGAAAUAAGAAAAGAGGUUACAUCGUUGGAAACUGUCCGUGAUUCCUUGCCCAAUUUCUGUCCCAAUAUUGUGCGCCUUGAGGAACCCCCGGCAGCCCCUUGAUCCAGCACCGCCCCGCACGCCCCUCCCCUCCAAACUUCCAAAUCAUCUUUAUCACCCACCCAUUCUCAUCUCCUGAACUUCUAAAGGGCCAGUUGGUCACUUUUAACAGAACAACAAAAUGUGUUAGAUCUACAUGGAGUGCUUUUUUUUUCAAUUCUUGAAUGGAAUUUGUUUUGCGGUAGGUCUAAUCCAUUUUCGUUGAUGAAUUUACCAUUGCAUUCAAAGUACUUGGCUUUUAUGCAGAGGAAAUGCGAGUGAGGAUUUCACUGUUUCAAGGUUUGAAACUAUUCCGGAGGCAUACCUGACACUGCACCAUACAAUACCUCUUAUUAAUAGCGAUUCAAUCAUCAAAUUAGAGGAAUUAGGUAUUUUCCCCAAAAUAUUUCACUCUAUCAAAUCUUCUUGGAGAGCAUUGGUUAAGUAGUUUCAAAGAAGCAUUCCAUGCAGAUUUAACUACGUUCAUAGUGUUCUUGGCUAGAUAGUUUAUAUUUUACAUUGUACAUUAUAACUCUAUCAAGUAAAGCUUCCUAUAUUACCUCUUAUGCCAUGUUUACGUAAUGGCAUUUGUAUACUUAUUUAUGAUUUGUAGUUUUAUGCUCACAUCUUUACCCAUAUCAUUAGGUAUUGAAAAAGAGCCAACAUUUAAAUUCCAGAAAAUAAAAAUCGUGUUUCCUCUGUUGUUUGUUUUGUAAAUGUUAAUGUACAUCUGCAACGGUAUGAAUUGUGCUAUCAUACUUUUUUAACUUUGAAUUUCUUGAAGAGUUCUGCUUAUAUAUAUUUUAUAUGACUCCAUAUGCAGGACAUUCAUUAUGGGGUUUUAAAACUAAUAUCUGUAGGCAUUUCUAGACAAGAAAAAGAAUAUGAAAAAUGAGUCACUUACAAUUGUAAGUUCCUUAGUAGUAAACUAAAUCAAAAGACAAAGGGAUAAGAAGUAUUAAAAUGUAUCACAUUUGACUCGGUUACAGUGGGGUUAUUUUCAUGCAAGGUAAUGGACAUGAUUGCAGUGAUAUAUUUCCAAGAUUUGAUUCCAUAUAUGACCUAAAAUGAGAAAGCUGACUUCAUAUCCAAUUUUUUGUUGAAUUUAUGGAAUUGUGGAGUUCUAAUUACAGUGAAUAUCACAUCCCCACACUUAACGUUGAUAGUUUUUUAAAGACUUCUUGAUUACGAGCAUGUCCCCUUCUCUAUAGGUUGGCUUAUCAAACUUUUCUAGUAAUUAUUUGUGGGGUUUUAACCUGUUUGCUAGUGAACUCUGACCUUAACCAUAAUGAACUCUGCAGUGAUUGGUUGAUUUACAGUACUCUAUCCUGUUUCUAUGAGAGCUGAAAUGAUGAAUCUUUUGUGCAUGCAGCUUUGCUAACUACCUGCCUUAAGUCCUGCUUUUUUCCCCUUUUUCAGUUUUUCCAUGUCUGUUUUUUUGUUUAGUCGUUAAAUAGUUCUUUGUCUGUUUGUGUGUCAAUGUGCUUUGUGAGUAGAGUAGCAUUCCCCCCCCUAUCACUAAGUGGUGAUAUGAUUUUUUUUCUGAUUCUUUUUGUUUUUUAUCCUUUUCAUUGAGUGUAUUAAAUUCUGUGUGAUUUCUUCAAAAUGCGGAAUAUGUUUAUUUCAUUUAAUUACUUUUUCCUUUCAAAUUUAGCUUGGAGCCUGCAACUGCAUUUAGCUAGUAAUAGAUAGAAAUUGGCAUGGGGUUGGUUUCACAAAGAGUAACGUCUGACUCAGCAUCAUGCUUAUAUGGCAAUGCGCACAUGACAUUUAACAUGUGAUAUUUAAUUGUUGCUUGCAUGGUAGUGCGUGCCCCAUGAACAUCAUUUGACCAAUUUAUUGAUUUUUGUUGUUAGAUACGACACGCAAAUGAGAAUUUAACAUUGAUAUUAAAGACAUAAAUCUUUGUGAAAACACCACCCUGAUCUAAUUGAUUGCUAUUGAUGUAGAAUUUGAAAAUAAUUUGCAUGCUCAACAAUCUAUCGUUCCUAUUGCUUCUCUCUAGUUUCAAAUGCUGAAAUGUGUAUUUUCUCUUAGUCGAAUGCUUCACAAUACCUACAAAGAAGUAGUAUUGCACUGCUUUCCAGAGUAAUAUAAAGCCCAAUUUCAAUAUGGAAUGAGUUUUUUUAUUAUCUUUCGAUGCCUCGUACCAUUGUUACUCAUAUUCAUUGAUACGUUUUUCUUUUUUCCCCUUUUGAUAUCCUUUUCAUUUUUCCUUAUUCAAUAAAAUAGCUCGAAUUUCAUGAAAUGAAAAAUUGACAAUUCAGUUGAGGUGAUGAUUUUGUUUGCAUAAAUUUCAAUAAUAGCAAAUUACAGAAGUUUUAAUACUUAUCUGAUUACCAGUGAAAAUUGACAAUAGAGCUGGGAUUUUUUCAGGGAUUUGGGAUGGCGCCCUAACCCUGCUUUGGUUUUGGUUUUUGUUUCACUGCUUUUUGCUUUAUUAACUGGAUGGUUGCAAUGGCUUGUGGAAAUGAAGUUCAGAGUGGUCAAGUUCAAGCAUAUAUUUCUCAUGUGUUAAAAAGAACAGUUUAAAGUUACAAUAUAAGAAAAAAUAAUAAGAUGACAAAUGCAUUGUGGCAAUUUGGCUAUAAAUCUUGGAGACAAAAUCGAUUGAUUACAUGUGAUAUAGAAAACAUGAGAAAUGAGGCACUAAAAAGUGGAGGAAUGAGGCACUAAAAAGUGUAGUGUGAUUCAAUGAACCUGGAUCAUGUAACUACUUGUAUAGUGACAGGAUGAUUUGUAUGAAAUAUCCCCAAAUGGCUGUUGGGCAAUACUCUGAAAUUCACUUUGCAAAAGUCAUUGCUAUCGUCAUAAUUUUGACAAAUUUUCAUCUGCUUUAGAAAUGUUUGUUUUUGUUUGCUGCCCUCAUUGACCGCCUCCCCUUUGUGCUUUGCUUUUCUCUCUCUCUCUCUUGUCUUAAUGCAUGCUACAGAUUGCUAAUGUGGAAGAAAUCCGGGAUGCCUUGCCUGAGUUCUGCCCUAAUGAAAGCGAGCUAGAACCAUAAGAACACCUUGCAUGCCUCCAUUUCUUACAAAAAAGGUCACUUCUACGGGGUGUGUGAACAAUAGGACAGUUGACUGUGUUUAAUUGGGGUAGUCGCUUGAAAAUGCAUAAAGUCAGAUCCUGAAAUUGUUAUUGAAAAAACACCUUGAAGGGUCACCCUAUGUAGUAUCAAACUAUAAAUAUCACUCAUUCCUGUGGCAACACUUCGCACAAAUGAGUAAACAAGUAUUUUUAGCACUUGAGGUUUUCACCAAAUUUACUGGAAUUACAACCAUCUAUAGCAAGCCAUUUAUACAAUUGCUUGUUAUUGUAUUAAUCUACUGUGCAAAUCACUCAUAAUAUACAGUAUUUUUUUAAUCAGUAAACCUGAAAAAUAUGUCAUUGUGAAGAUAUGUGAUUAUAUUUAGCUCAUCGUUGUAAUAGACUUUGGUGAGGACAUACAAUGACCAGUAUGGCCUGCCAUAGUUAUGUGUAAUUUAAUUCAAUAUUGGGUGAGACACUCUAUUGUAUGUCGAAUAAGUGACCCAGAUACUCUUUUCAAGCCAUCUUUCAAUUAAUCUAGUUCGAAUGAAACUCUGCUUGACUAAUAUAUCUGACCGCACAAACAUGUGUUUUGAUUUCACGAGUGCCAUCCAAUUAAACAAAGUCAACUGUCUUUGUUGUUAUUAAAGAAGUUAUUUUGAGAAAGCAGUCAUUGUUGAAGUUGGAGUAUAACUAUGACUGAAUGUCAAAAGAUCAAUGCCUUUUCUCUGUUGUUCAUCAUCAACAUGCUUGUCUAAGCAAGUCAGGCCCUACGCUGAAAAUGUCAAUCCAAAUCCACUUAUUUCACACCAUGGAUCCCACCGCCUAUCCUCUGCAGAACCUUCCCCGCUUUCAUCUGGAUUCCCUACAAGAAAAAAAAAGAUUCAGCCCACAAGUUGUCCUAGGAAGCAACAAGAAAUAUCUAUGCCAACUUGAAAUGCAACAGUAAAUACGUAUUAUAUUAUGUAAUGUAUGUGUGCAUUGUUUUUUUAAGAGCCUUUCAUUAUUUAUGACCCUUAUUCCUCAUGUUUAAUCAUCAAAUUGGCAACAUACUUGAUAUGCUGCAUCAUGCAAACAAAAUUUGUUAACACGUAAGUUCAUAUAUUACUUGCAACUCUUUAUAAAAAAACAAAAUCUAUUUGUAAAAUUAAUCAACAAUAAAAGCAUUUAUGUGUUAUAAGUUAUAUUAAUCAAUUGCUGUGUGUUUUUUCUAUUCCUUUUAUUAUACUUUUUCAAAAGUUUGUUGACAUCUAUCGUGUACAUAUUUAGCUGUUCAUUUAUAAUUGUGAAAGAAUUGAUCUUCAGCAAUGCAUUAUUUAAGGACCUCAUAAGUAUAUUGUUUGAUAAUCCAUAUUAUGAAUGGCCAAUCGCGGAAAACGUACGCCCUUGUUGUUUGUGAGAGUUGAUUCAGCUUGUAAUCACAGGAGUGAUAAUGAUUCAGUGUUCAAUAUUGCAAUGAAUUGUGUAUCAAGGAACUAUAUUUUAUUAUCAACCAGAAUAAACUAUGGAAAUAUACUGGCUGAAAUUAGUAUAAAAUUGAUAAGCCAAACUAUUCUUUUAUCUCAAAAUUAAAUGAAACUUUGAUGGAAAAAUCAAAAUGCGAGUCAAUCCUAUACUUAUAAAUGUCUACUUAAAUUGCUCUGUACCAAACCAGUUACACUGCCAUUUGUUAUUAGCUUCGUAGAUUUAGAAAUCUUCUUUUAGAAUGUAUUCUAUCCUCAAGACAUACAAAAUCUUCCCAAUAUGCUUCCGAAAUCACUGUCCAAAAAGAACUGCAUUAAAUUUCCAAUAACAUUUCAUUUUAUAUAAAUAUGGUUGUCAGGGAUUGUGAUACAUUGAAAAUUAUCUAUUUAAAUAUUCUGUGUAUAUAUAUAUAUUUUUGAAGAGCUUUGAUUAGAUUGGUUUUGCCAGUACUGCCUCUUGUGAGAGGUAGAACCUAUAUAGCAGUUUUAGAGCAGUGCUAGUACCCCUAUAAUUAGCAUUACCAUUUAAACAUUUCAAUACUGUUAUAUCCCUCGCACAAUUGCCUAAUCAAUUUUUGAACUGGUAAAUCUGACAAACAUGGUAUUUGGAGAAGUUUAGUCACAUUUUGCUGAAAAAAUCUUGAUAUUUCAAGCUUGAUCCUCUCUUUUUAACAAUGGUAUAUAUUGUACAUACGUAGAUAUUGGGAGAUGAUAAUAUUUUGUAUCUAUGAAAAACCCAAAAUGCUGUCAUUUUGAUUGAAACAUAGAUUUGAAAACUCCAUGUUGUGUUUUAUUCAGAUAGAUAGCUGUUAGCUUUCUAGAAAUAAAGAUUAAGCGUGUCUAUUUAAA